UGGCUCAACCUCUUUCUCUCUCUGGAAACCCCAAUACUCUCCUCAUCAUCACUCCUGUUCUACAGCAUGGCAAGAAUGGAAAGAAUACACGUUGCCAUCCGGGCUCGGCCGCUCUCAGCUGAUGACGCCAAAACCAGCCCUUGGCGUAUCUCUGGCAACUCCAUCUCCAACCCCAAAUCCUCCUCCAAGUUCGAAUUCGAUCGGGUUUUUGGUGAAGAUUGCAAGACCAGUGACGUGUAUCAGUCUCGGACGAAAGAUUUGGUCGCCGCUGCUAUUGAUGGUUUUAAUGGAACUGUUUUUGCUUAUGGCCAAACUAAUAGUGGCAAGACUUACACUAUUCGAGGUUCGGCUACUGAGCCCGGAGUGAUUCGCCUUGCCGUGCGUGAUUUGUUCAACCUAAUUCAACAGGAUGUGGAUCGGGAGUUUCUUCUGCGGAUGUCUUACAUGGAGAUCUAUAAUGAGGAGAUAAAUGAUUUACUGGCACCCGAGCAUCGUAAAUUACAGAUCCAUGAAAGUAUUGAGCGGGGAAUUUAUGUUGCUGGUUUGCGAGAAGAAAUUGUUGCCUCUCCUGAGCAAGUCCUUAAUCUCAUGGAGUUUGGAGAGUCUCAUCGACAUAUCGGAGAGACAAAUAUGAAUCUCUACAGUAGUAGGUCCCACACUAUUUUCCGUAUGAUAAUUGAAAGUCGAGAUAAAACUGAAAAUGAAGACAUUGGUAGUUCUGGAGAUGCUGUUCGUGUUUCAGUUUUGAAUUUGGUGGAUCUUGCUGGUUCAGAACGUGCUGCAAAAACAGGUGCAGAAGGUGUGCGGCUCAAAGAGGGCUCUCAUAUCAAUAAAAGCCUUAUGACAUUGGGAACUGUCAUUAAAAAAUUAAGUGAAGGAGCUGAGAGUCAAGGGGGGCAUGUACCAUACAGAGAUAGCAAACUUACACGCAUUUUGCAGCCUGCUCUGGGUGGAAAUGCAAAUACAGCUAUAAUAUGCAACAUCACCCUUGCACAGAUUCAUGCAGAUGAAACUAAAAGCAGUCUCCAAUUUGCAAGCAGAGCGUUGCGUGUCACAAACUGUGCUCAUGUCAAUGAGAUUUUGACUGAUGCGGCUCUUCUAAAGCGUCAAAAGAAGGAAAUUGAGGAGCUUCGAGCAAAAUUGCAGGAUUCCCAUUCAGAACAUUGGACAGAGGAAAUCCUCAAUUUGCGGAAUACAUUAUUGCAGACUGAGUUAGAAAGGGAGCGUAUAGCCUUGGAGUUAGAGGAGGAAAAGAAAGCCCAAGCUGAAAGAGAGAAAAUGGUCCAACAACAAGCAAAGCAAAUUGAAAAUUUGAGCUCAAUGGUUUUGUAUUCAAAUAGGGAUGAGAAUCGUGAUCGCUUCAAGAAGCAGAAAAGGCGGGAUACUUGGUGUCCAGGUAAUCUUGCAAAGCAGGCUCUUGGAGAGGUGCCUGCCACCAUUAUAUCAAAGGCAUCUGCUAUAAAUCCAAUGAGACCCGAGCGUGACGUGCGACUACUUCCUUUUGACGAACUGGUGAAUGAGACUGAUGUUGCUCUGAAUGAAUCUUGCAAAGAUGAAGAAUUUAAAAAAAGCGCAGUGGAGGAUUGUACUCUUCCUGAUCCAUGUGCUUUAUUACAUGUUACUAGCAGAAGAAAAGUGCCACCCAGGAAUAAAAGCUUAUGCCAGGACAAUGAAUUGUUUGAUUUGCAAGGAGAAUAUGAAGAUUUGCUUGUAGAGUUUGAAACUCAGAGAACAUGUAGUGAGAUACAAAUUGAUUUCUUGACAAGGAAGCUUGCUGAGGCUGAUAUGUUUUCUGUUGAUGUACACAAUGACUACUCUACAUCUUGUGUCAAGAAGGGUGCAAUUAAUGUGGAUAAGAAUGUCAGCUUAAGACAGUCAGAAGCUAUUCUUGUGAUUAAGCGACUUCAAGAACAGAUUAAGAGGUUAGAAAUGGAGAUGUCUUCAGGCCAGCAAAAUCUGGAUUCUGUUGUUGAGCUGGCAAAAGAGCAAAAUAUAUGUGCCAUGGAGAAGUUUGGUGAGCUCCGGGAGGAGCUGCUGAUUGCACGAGAGGAGUCCAGGGUUGCCCGUGAACAACAUACUCGCCACGCGUCUGUAACCCAGGAAAAUUACAAAAAGAUGGAAGCUUACGCCCUUGAAAAGGACGCACAGAUUAUUUCUCUAGAAAAAGAAUUGGAAGCAUUAUACAGGGAAAAGGAAGGUGCUCUAUCUAGUAAUGAAGGUUUACAUUCUGAAAUAAAAUCCCUAUCUGAAAUGUUGAACACUUCACACUCUGAAGUGAACAAAUUGCAACAAGAGCUUAUGGUCCUGAAAAAUAGGUUGGAAGAAUCUAAACUUGAGCAGCAAAAGAUGGAAAACUCCAUUAAAAUGUUGGCUGAAGAAAAGGAAGAGUUGGCCCUGAAACUUACAGAUUCCCUUUUGGAAAUGGAGGAUAGGGCAAUACGGUCUUCGAAGGAGAAGGCUUCACUUGAAGCCAUAGAAGAUAAAGCAAAGUUAUACAAGGAGACUGCAUUAUUGGACAUGUCAGAGCUGUUGAACUCAAAUGUGGAGAUAUGUAAAGUUGAUGAUUUCAAGGAAGUGAAUUUGCUUCAGAAGGAGCUGAGUUUUCUUAAGAAAGAAAGAGAAAAUCUGUUACUUCAAAUGCGAGAGUUAUCAAAACUUCCUGAUGAGUUAGAGAAUCUCAACAACCAGCUCCUUCUUGUUAAGAAGGAAAAUGAUAGAUUAAUUACUCAGAUUCAAGAGCAGCAGGAACAUAUAACUGAAGAACAAGUUCACCAUGAGCAUAACAAUGACUUGUUUGUGGAGGAGCUGACAAGAAGAAUUUCGAGCAUGGAAGUCAAGAUGCAGAGUGAUCAUGUUGAAAACAUCAAGGAAAAGGCAAAGCUUCGAAUGAGGCUUCGAGGGACUCGAGCAAAGUUGGAUGCCUUUUGCUAUAGAUAUAAGGAAGCAGAAGACGAGAAGAAUGUUAUGGACAAAAAUUUCAGGGAGGCUACAGGCAACCUUAAGGAUCGCUUAGCUUUAAAAGGAGUGGAGGUCCUCACCCUCAAGAAGCAGCUUGCUGCAAAGGGUUGAUGAACAAUGUUAUUUUGUUAAAUUUAAUUUAUAUGUAUUACACAUUGCGAAGUGUAGUUAACUGCUGCAUUUCGGAGUUGUAAUUAUCUAGUUGUGUGUUUGUGUAGAGUUAUCAAUGAGUGCUUCUGUUACCAACCCAGUAUCUCAAUCAUCUACAUUUCCUGCCAAAA